CUGUCUCAAAACGGAUCUUCUCUGCGCAACACGUUUCCAAAUGGCUCAUCAAGUUUCUCUCUCCUCGCUCUCUCUCUCUUCUCCUCCUUCAACUUCUGCUGCUGCUGCUGCUUCUUCUUCUUCUUCUUCUUCUUCGCAUUGUUCACAACGACGAAGAAUCUUUCUCUCUACGCUCAGAUUCGAAGCUGCUUCGUCUUUGUCAACUUCUACUCCGAAUUCGAAGGCGAAGGUCGUGGUGACCAGAGAGCGUGGCAAGAAUGGCAAGCUCAUCAAAGCUCUGGCCAAACAUGGGAUCAACUGUCUGGAGCUUCCCCUCAUUCAGCAUACACAGGGACCUGAUCUAGAUAGGCUUUCUUCUGUAUUAAAUGCAGACGCUACAUUUGACUGGAUAGUCAUAACUUCCCCUGAGGCGGGUUCAGUCUUUUUGGAGGCAUGGAAGGCUGCUGGGACCCCAAAUGUUAAGGUAGGUGUUGUGGGAGCUGGUACAGCGAGCGUUUUUGAGGAAGUAAUGCAGUCCUCAAAGCAAUCACUCAGCGUUGCCUUUGCUCCCUCUAAAGCGACAGGUAAGGUUCUAGCUUCUGAGCUUCCAAAGAAUGGACAAAAAUGCAGAGUCCUAUAUCCUGCUUCUGCAAAAGCUAGCAGUGAGAUUGAGGAAGGAUUGUCUAAUCGUGGAUUCGAGGUCACAAGGCUAAAUACAUAUACGACGGUACCAGUCCAUGAUGUUGACCAAAUGCUUUUACAGCAGGCACUUUCUACUCCUGUUGUUGCAGCUGCCUCGCCUUCUGCAGUUCGUGCCUGGAUCAAACUUAUUUCAAAUGCAAAGGGGUGGAACAAUUCAGUUGCCUGUAUUGGUGAGACAACUGCUUUGGCUGCGAAAAGAUUAGGCCUGCAAAAUGUGUACUACCCAGCUCAACCUGGUGUUGAAGGGUGGGUUGGUAGCAUCCUUGAAGCCUUGGAAGCACAUGAUCAUUUCUAGGUCAUUUUAUCUAGCCUUUCCCCAGGAUGCAAGCAGACAAAGAGGCAACAUGUUCAGGAUUAUGUCAGCGCCUCAUAGACACAAAUAUUGCAGCUUCUGUGCAAACUAGCUGCAAAACAGAGAUUAAUCUUUUGCAAGCAGUUUAAGGGAAUGGUAUAAGACUCUUGGACACCCUGACGAGACCAUAUUAAAUAGGCAAAAAUUUCUUCUGAGGUUAGUCAAGAGAAUAUCCGGAUAUUCUGACAAGGAAAGCCGUCCAUUUUCACAUCAAACCUGACAUCAGCUAUGUUGACAAUGAAUUUGUCUUGCUGCUACUUCAUGAACACUGAUUACUCAUAUAAAUUUUUAUUAGGUAUGAAGUUGUGACUAUUGUUUUUGUUCAUUUAAUAGGAUGUGUCAUACCUUUGUACAUUACAUUUUUAUAGUGGAAGCUCAAUUUAUAAGAAAAGAAGCUCUUUUACGCCUUA